CAAACGAAGUGCACACCAUGGGGGAUGUCUGCGACAACUCACAGCUGGCACUUUCAUGAAACUUUCGGAAACUGUUUUACUUCGCUCGAACAGUUAUCAUAGUGUUCAUAUUAAUAAUACAUCCUGAGAGGCGCGGCUCGCCGCUGUUUGAAGGUUAGUUAGCUCGGUGCCUGAMGUUUAACACGACUUCACAAGUGGAGGAAACGAGGCAGGAUGUACCAUGAAGAAACCAAAGCGUUACAGAAGCCACACUAUGGAACCAUCGAGGAUGACGAGAGGCUGUCGGCGGAGGAGAUGGAUGAGAGGAGGCGACAGAACAUCGCCUACGAGUACCUGUGUCACCUGGAGGAGGCCAAACGGUGGAUGGAGGCCUGCUUGGAGGAGGAUUUGCCCGCUACCACAGAGCUGGAGGAGGGACUUAGAAACGGCGUUUAUCUGGGAAAACUUGCCAAUUUUUUUGCCCCCAAACUGGUGUCCGCAAAAAAAAUUUACGACCGAGAYCAGGCUCGUUAUAAGAGCAAAGGGCUGCACUUCAGGCAUACUGACAACACAGUGCAGUGGCUCAGGGCCAUGGAGUCAGUGGGCCUCCCCAAGAUAUUCUAUCCAGAAACAACAGAUGUGUAUGACCGCAAAAACAUGCCAAAGGUGGUUUACUGCAUACAUGCUCUGAGCUUGUACUUGUACAAACUUGGUAUUGCACCACAGAUUCAGGACCUGCUGGGGAAAGUGGAUUUUACAGAGGAAGAGAUCAGUAAUAUGAGGAGUGAACUGGAGAAGUAUGGUAUUCAGAUGCCAGCUUUCAGUAAAAUUGGAGGCAUCUUGGCCAAUGAACUCUCAGUGGAUGAAGCUGCUUUGCAUGCUGCUGUGAUUGCCAUCAAUGAGGCAAUAGAGAAAGGUCAGGCUUCUGCAACAAUGGCAGCACUAAAAAACCCAAAUGCAAUGUUGAAGAAACCUCAGGAAGCCCUGGCCCAGGAGUACCAGGAUACACUGAGCCAGGCCAAGACUCGGAAGCGAGWUCAGUCCUCGGGCAGGCGUUCCUCCGUUGCUACAGAAGAAAGGGAUGUUUAUGAGGAGCUACUGACGCAACAGGAAAUCCAGAGGAGCAUUGACCUUGUCAACACCCUGGCAGCAGUAAAACAAGUGAAUCAAGCUGUGUUGAACCAAGAUGAAGCAGCUCUGCUGGUUGCACUCAGACUUGAAGCUCUGGCCUUGUUUGGUGUCCAAGAGACAAAUUGUCACUGGUAUCUGGAGCAUUUCACAAACUGCAGUCAACAUAAAUCCAAGGACGGAGGGAAGGCUACAAUGUUGGACAAAGAGGAGAUUCAGGGAAUUGUCAGCUCUUGUAACGACUUUGCUGAGGCAGAAAAACGAAAACUUGAAGCAGUUGCACGGAUCAAUACAGCCAUUCGUCUUGGAAAUGCUGUGGAGACCGUAGAGGAGCUGACCAAGCCUGAGGCACAGCUGCCAAUCGUUUACCAAACUGCUGCCAGUCUUUACCAGAGUGAACUUUUCAGUUUGCAGCUACAAGGACCACGGACUGGAUUGAGUCAUGAGGAACUCAGUGUAGCUGUGGAGAUGCUGUCAGCUGUAGCGGUGCUGAAUGAGGUGCUGGACACAAAGGACCCUCAGGCCGUUAUCGAGCAGCUAACGGGUUCUCCUCUGGGUUUUACCAACAUAGACCAUGACAACCUGAACAGAUAUGCCGACAUGCUCAUAGAAGAGCGAGCUGAGACUCUCACCAAAGGUCAGGAGUUUCUCACUUGGAAUGAUGUUCAGAAAUGCAUCGAUACUGUAAACAUCCAGGUCCAUGAAGAACACGAGCGCAUCAUAGCUAUAGCUGGGAUUAAUGAGGCACUUAAUUCAGGUGACCAGCAGCAAACCCUUGCAGCUCUUCUUCAACCGACUGCCAAGCUGACAGGAGUGAACCCAGCCACAGGCAAGCACUACUAUGAUGUCCUACAGCAUACCAAACAGCUUCUCUGCCAGAACUCCGGUGUUGAUUCUACUGUGCUGUGGUUGGACCAAAUCCAAGAGGCCAUAUUAACAGCCAAUCGGGAUGAAGAAGAGGCGCUCUCAAUGUCUGGGGCUGUUGCUCACAUUAACACAAAGGUGGCCGAGGGGRACUCUCAGAACACCCUGCAGGCUUUGCAGACCCCCAGUGCAGGACUGAGAGCGGUGCAUCCUAAAUGUGCAGAGACUUACCAGGCUGAACUCUCAGAGCUACAGAACAGCCAUGCUGAUAAAGGCAGCAGCGAUGGUGUGUGGGUAAAACACUGCAUCAAGGACAGAUAUGACUACUAUUAUAACCUGAAGAGUGGGCGUGGCACCUGGGAGGAACCUGAAGGAUUUGAACACUGUGCUGGCCAGCUCAGCAAAGAGGACAUCCAGAAUGUAGUCAGCUGUGUGACAGGAGAAUAUAACAGAGAACAACUGUGGCUAGCCAACGAAUCCUUCAUUAUCCAGCUGCAGGCGAGGGUAAGAGGUUACCUGGUUAGAAAAAAUCACACUGAGAGGAUGGAGUAUCUACGUCAACAAGAACCAUCCGUAGUUAAAAUCCAGGCUUGCUUUAAAGGUUACAGGCAGAGGAAAUUUUACAAAGCAAGGAAGAAUCUGCUUCAAAAGAAUGUUGCUUCAAUUGUCAAGAUCCAGUCCAUCGUAAAAAUGUGGAAAGCGAAGCGGAAAUACAAUCAGAGGUUGCAGUUCUUCAGAGAUCAUGAGAAAGAAAUCAUUCAGAUUCAGGCUUUCCUGAAGGCAAACAAAGCCAGAGAUGACUACAGAACUUUAACUGGAGCCACAGAUCCUCCUCUGUCUGUGGUGCGGAAGUUUGUCCACUUGUUGGAACAGAGCCCCCUGGAUUUACGUGAAGAACAGGAAGUGACACGACUCAGGGAGGAAGUGGUCACAAAGAUUCGCUCCAAUCAACAGAUGGAGAAAGACUUGAAUCUGAUGGACAUAAAAAUUGGACUGCUGGUGAAGAACAGGAUCACUCUGCAGGACGUUGUGACGCAUAAUAAGAAAAUGAAAAACAUGAAGAACAAGGCGAGUAAAGAUGACUCGACUGGUGGAGACGGUCUGGGUAUCAAAGGUCUCAGUAAAGGCAAACGGAGGAAACUGGAAGCCUAUCAACACCUCUUUUACCUGCUGCAGACCAAUCCAUCCUACCUGGCAAAGCUGAUUUUUCAGAUGCCCCAAAACAAAUCUACAAAGUUCAUGGACACUGUAAUCUUCACUCUGUACAACUAUGCCUCUAACCAAAGAGAGGAGUAUCUGCUGCUUAAACUCUUCAAAACUGCUCUAGAAGAAGAGAUCAAUUCUAAGGUGGAUCUCAUUCAGGACAUAGUGACAGGCAAUCCCACAGUUAUCAAGAUGGUGGUGAGCUUUAACAGAGGCGCACGUGGUCACAACACGCUGAGGCAGCUGUUGGCUCCAGUGGUCAAAGACAUCAUAGAAAACAAGAGUUUGGGCAUCAACACCAACCCUGUGGAUGUGUACAAAGCCUGGGUGAACCAGCUGGAGACGGCUACUGGAGAGGCCAGCAAGCUGCCGUAUGAAGUGACUCCUGAACAGGCCAUGUCACACGAGGAAGUUCGCAACAGGCUGCAGACGUCCAGCGAAGCUCUACGCUCGGCUACAGAUAAGGUCUUGAACUCCAUUGUGUCCUCGCUGGAUAACAUCCCUUAUGGCAUGAGAUACAUAGCAAAGGUUCUGAAGAACAGCCUCCAUCAAAAGUUUCCAGAUGCCACAGAAGAUGAACUGCUGAAGAUUGUAGGAAACCUGCUGUACUAUCGCUACAUGAACCCAGCCAUCGUGGCUCCAGACGGCUUUGACAUCAUCGACAUGUCAGCAGGAGGCCAGCUUCACCUGGACCAGCGACGGAACCUGGGAUCUGUGGCAAAGAUGCUUCAGCACGCCGCUGCAAAUAAGCUGUUUGAGGGCGAGAAUGCACACAUGACGCCAAUGAAUAACUACAUAUCYCAGACUUACGACAAGUUCAGAUCGUUCUUCCAGUCCGCAUGUGAUGUUCCUGAACCUGAGGAGAAGUUUAAUAUUGAUGAAUACACUGACAUGGUGACUUUGAGCAAACCUAUCAUCUACAUCUCAAUAGAGGAGAUCAUCAACACUCACUCGCUACUUCUUGAACACCUGGAGGCCAUCUCACCAGACCACAAUGACUUGCUUCAUGAGCUGCUGCAGGACCUGGGAGAUGUUCCCGAUGUGGAGGCACUGAUUGGCGAAGGAGCUGUAGACCCAAACGACCCAAACAGAGAAAGCACUCUGGGCCAGCUGGCAAAGACUGAGAUCUCCCUCACCCUUACCAGCAAGUUUGAGCUGCUGGAGGGGGACGACAGAGACUUAAAGACUCUAAUGACAAAGAAUCAGAGCAUACAAAGGUCAUAGAGCGAAGGGCAGUCCAGGAUGCUCAGACCCCAGAGGGUCUGAAGAGCAGCCAGGCGGUUUUAGAGGACAGCCAGCUGCCUCUUGAGCAGAAAAAGAGGAGGAUCCUGAGGAAUCUCCGUAACCUGGAGCAGGCUGGCCUUGUCACCGUGACAAACAAAUACCAGGACCUCAUCAAUGAUAUCGCAAAGGACAUUCGCUACCAGAGGCGCUACAGACAGAGAAGAAAGGCCGAGCUUACGAAACUCCAACAGGCACUGACGGCGCUCAACUCUAAAGCGUCGUUCUUCCAGGAACAGAUGAACUACUAUGAUACUUACAUCAAGACAUGUCUGGAUAAUCUCAACCGAAAGAACUCACGCAGAUCGAUCAAACUGGACAAAGAAGACAGUAAGGGCAGUAAGAAGUGGAAACCACAGUCUCUGAAGUACACCGCAGCUCGGCUGCACGAGAAGGGAGUAAUCCUGGAGAUAGAAGGUCUUCAGACAAACCAGUUCAAAAAUGUUAUGUUUGACAUUUCGCCCACUGAGGAAGUUGGAGAUUUUGAAGUGAAGGCCAAAUUUAUGGGGGUYGAGAUGGAAAAAGUCCAGCUUCAUUUCCAGGACCUCCUGCAGCUGCAGUACGAAGGYGUGGCCGUCAUGAAGAUGUUUGAUAAAGCCAAAGUUAACGUCAAUCUGCUCAUCUUCCUUCUGAACAAGAAGUUUUAUGGGAAAUAAAUGAGGGAGAGUUAGCAGGAGCAAUGUGCCUUCUGACUUCUGAUGACCAAAAUGAAACGAGUCGGAAAAGGUCAAAUGAAUUUAACAGAUUACAUCGAAAUCAAUUAUCUACUUCAUGUGUCUGUUUUGUAUUUAACUGUGGGCUGAUUGUAAAUGAAUAAAGUUGUAAUGAUAUUCAUGUUUUGUAUGUAAAAGAGGAAACAUUUUAUGUUUGCAAAAGCUGAGGAUGAAAAUUGAAGCAGCGACGAACUGAGCCGAGGAGCAACAUUCAAGCUGAUCUGCAUCAAUAYGAAACACUGCAGUUUACCAGUGCCUUUUAAACAUUUAAAGAAAAUGUUUUGAUUCAACAUUAAAGCUAUAACUGAUGUGUUUUAAUAUGACUAUUAUAACUGAAUAAUUGUUUCCUAAUGCUAAUAAUGCACAGAAUAAAGUACAUAUGUCCACAAA